CGCCAUGCCUCCUUUCAAGGAUGACCAGAUAAUCAUCAUUGCGCCAGGCUCGGAAACGACCGUUGCGCAAUUAGGUCUGCCGGAGUCUUUCACGCCUGCCCGCGUGCGCGUGCGAUCGCGCAUGUUCCCAGCCGAAAAAGAAGGCGAAUACGAACCCUAUAAGAUACGAAGAAAGCAGGAUAAGCACGGGGCGACGACCAGCGAGCCGAAGGAUGGGGCGCAAGAGGAGAAGAAGUCAAAUGAGGACGAGGAUGAGGAAAUCGUAUGGGAAGAGGAUCGCGUGUCAGAAGAAGGCGCGAUAUGGCCCAUUCAAGAAGGCAGAAUCGUCGACUGGCCAUGCUUCUUUGCGCUGAUCACUCAUGUCUAUAACACGCUGAACCCGGUAUUUCACACGGCGAUCCUACUUGUAACGCAACCAGCUUGGACUCCUCGAGAGCAUGAGAAGUUGACGCAGUUCUUCUUCGAAAAGUUCAAAACUCCAGCUUUCGGGCUCAUGGAUGCAGCGCUAGCAACUUCAUGGGCGUAUGGCGUGCACACCGCGACGAUCGUGGAUGUGGGGAAAGAUAAGGCCGAUGUCACAGCUGUUAGUGCCUUCAUUCCGCAUACACAAGGCAGGGUCAUCUCGUUAUCCGGUUGUGGAGGCGAAGCGUUCACACAAGGGCUACUCUCGAAAUUGAAGUCAAAAGGUCUAAACAGAGACAUGUGCGAACAACUCAAGAGGUCGCCCAUCUGUGAGAUCCUACCGGUAGGAGUACCUGUACCAGGCUCAGGAGAAUCACCGGAACAUACCACCAUCUCCAACCCAGCGGCCGCUGCUUCCACUGGAGCACUGGCUUCUGGACCCGCAGCAGCCGCAGCGAUCGGAAACGCACCACGAGGUCCUGGCGUGGACACCGAAGUUGGUGAAGAUGCAGGUAUUGAUGAAAGUGAAGGUGUUUUGGAUGUCGCGAGCAUCGUGGCUGGUGGCAAGAUGACUGAGUAUCUCGCCAAAAAGGAGAGAGAGAAGCAGGACAAAGCCAACGCAAAGAAGAAGGGUGCUCCAGCUCCCGAAGCGAACAAACCUGUCAGAUUACCCAACUCAAGAAGAGAAAAGGCGACGUUCUUGUACGAGGAUCACGCAUUACUUGACAACUUGAAGAACAUGAACCUCAACACCCAGGAUAUGGCAGAUGCGAAAAGUGCCUUGGAUGAAGGUCCAAGUCGAAGGCAGCAUGAAAACGGAGAAAACGGCGAGCUGAACCCUGCGAACGAGGCGAAAGGAAUCGGGUCCAUCAGACGAGACAUUGAGGUCGGCAACGAGCGAUUCAUGGCUGGAAGCAACGGCACGUUGGAGAAGAUUGCAGACGCCGUGCACCGGACGAUAUCCGCGGUCGAUGAAGUUGCCCAACGUAGCGAGCUCUGGGAUUCCUUGAUUAUUUGUGGUAAUGGUUCAAAGCUGCGAGGCUUCAAGGAGGCCCUCCUCCAAUCAAUACAGUCCAAGUACCUCAUAUCGCCCUCCUCCGCGACGAUGUUCACCUCUGAGAUUCCAUCUAACAUCUCUACGCCUGCCGGUACUGGCGCAAACACGCCACAGCCCCAACUUGGACCUCAUGGCGGCUCACAGGUAAACCCCCUCCUCCUCGCAGCCACGACAGCGCAAACACCACACUUGAUGCCCCACGGGGGCAAUCAUUUGAUGCCUGGAAUGUCGCACAACACGCACUCGUCCCAUGGCCAGACCCCCACAUCGAUCAAAUUCGUCAAGCCACCAGAGUAUUUUCCUGAGUGGAAAGACGUGGGCUUUGACGAAUCGGCUUUCUUGGGUGCGCAGGUUGCGGCAAAAGUCAUAUUCGUUGUGGAUCAGGGUCAGAGCAAGGGAUACAUGACACGCCCAGACUACAACGACCAAGGACCGCAAGGCAUUCACGACUACAGUUUGUGAUUUUCCUAUUGGCAGUUAGGUCACCAAGACUUUGGCCGUUUGGCAUGUGUUUUUCGUCACGCAAACACAACUGAGUCUGGUACACCUAGUAGGCAUGGAGUUUGGAGGACGGUCAAAUGGAUAUCCCGGCGUUGCUCAAAAGAAAGCUUGACGAUCUUUGGAUGCUAGAACCUCUUGCCAGGUCGCAGUAGGCAACCGGCAAGCUGUGCAAUAUACUUUCUUUGCAAAAUAUGCUUAACCUCUGCCUCUAAUGACUCCGCCC